AUGAUCCUUUCUAUCUCUUAUUCCGGCACAGCCCGCGGCCCCAGCCCAUCUAGCCCGACUCCACCGCCGGUUGCUGCCCCAGCCGAGCAGGCGCCUCGCGCCAAGGCCCCCAGAGGGUCCCCCGAGAGCCAGCGGAGGAGCAGCUCACCUGAGAGACUGAGUCCUGGCUCGCCCGUGUGCAUAGUGGACAGGCCAAAAUCUCAACAAAUUCGAACCUCUAGUACAAUAAGGCGAACCUCUUCUUUGGAUGCGAUAACAGGACCUUACCUCACAGGACAGUGGCCACGGGACCCUCAUGUUCACUACCCUUCAUGCAUGAAAGAUAAAGCUACUCAGACACCUAGUUGUUGGGCAGAGGAGGGAGCAGAAAAACGAUCCCAUCAGCGCUCUGCAUCAUGGGGAAGUGCUGAUCAACUGAAGGAGCAGAUUGCCAAACUGAGGCAGCAGCUACAAUGCAGCAAGCAAAGUAGUCGUCACAGUAAAGAGAAAGAUCGGCAGUCACCUCUCCAUGGCAACCACAUAACAAUCAGUCAUACUCAGGCUAUUGGAUCAAGGUCAGUACCUAUGCCUUUGUCAAACAUAUCCGUGCCAAAAUCAUCUGCUUCACGUGUGCCCUGCAAUGUAGAAGGAAUAAGUCCUGAACUGGAAAAGGUAUUCAUCAAAGAAAACAAUGGAAAGGAGGAAGUGUCCAAGCCUUUGGAUAUACCAGAUGGUCGAAGAGCUCCACUCCCUGCUCACUACCGGAGCAGUAGUACUAGCAGCAUCAAUACUCAGACUCCUUCUGUCCAAGAGCGCAGCAGUAGCUGUAGCAGCCACUCCCCCUGUGUGUCUCCAUUUUGUCCUCCGGAAUCCCAGGAUGGAAACCCUUGUUCAACAGAAGAUUUGCUCUAUGAUCGUGAUAAAGACAGUGGGAGUAGCUCACCAUUACCCAAGUAUGCUUCAUCUCACAAACCAAACAACAGCUACAUGUUCAAACGGGAGCCCCCAGAGGGAUGUGAGCGAGUGAAGGUCUUUGAGGAAAUGGCGUCUCGUCAGCCAUCGGCCCCUCUAUUUUCAUGUCCUGACAAAAACAAGGUUAAUUUCAUCCCAACCGGAUCAGCUUUCUGUCCUGUAAAACUUCUCGGCCCUCUCCUACCUGCCUCAGACCUGAUGCUGAAGAACUCUCCUAACUCUGGCCAGAGCUCAGCUCUGGCAACACUAACCGUAGAGCAGCUCUCUUCCCGGGUUUCAGCACCAGUUGUGGCAAACCCCCCUGUGUACACGAGGCUGGCUCCAUCCCCAGCACCCCAUAGACCACCAGGUAUGGGGGUGAACACUUGUGAGACAGAUGAAAGAUCAGAAAUUCAAGGUCACCAUUCACUGCACAGCUGUAGUCCUGGGCUGUCAAUAGAACUGUGCUCAAGGCAGAGUUCUGAGUUUGAUCCUUAG